AUGAACAACCCGACAGACACCGAGCCGAACACAGUUAUCGAAAUUGCUCCAGACGGCGAUCUCAUUCUAGUGGUUGGGCCAGAAGAGUCAAAAUUCCGUGUCCGUUCCAUAUUGUUAAUGGCCGCCUCGAAACCCUUCUCCGCCAUGUUGGGACCACACUGGAAGGAAGGCCAUGACAAGUGCGAUCAUGAUGGGCCAUUUGAGUUACCGCUGCCUGAUGAUGACGCUGCUGCCCUAAAACUUAUUUGUUCUAUUAUUCACUAUCAGAACGAGAAAGUACCUCGGACACUUCCCGCUGGCGACGUCCUCGCAGUUGCUGUCGUUGCAGACAAAUAUGAUUGCGUUGAUGUUCUGAAGUUUGCAAGCGAAACCUGGCUUCGAACCUCUGAAAGUGAACCUGCCAAUCUAAUGCUUUUAACUGCUGCGGCAUACCGCUUUCGUAAUGCGCAGGCAUUUAGUGAGAUCACUAAGGCAUUGGUACUGAACUAUAAUGGUUCUUACCUUUCCCUUUGCCUUGAUGAAGUUGAAUCUGUCAUUCCAUGGAAGGUGUUUUGCUUGCUAGAAGAACAAAGAGGGUUUGCAAGACUGGAGGUAUCACAGAUCCUCGUAGCAGGAGCUGGGGCUAGUCCGUGUUGCCACAAAUGUGGGUGGACAAGCAAAUAUGCACACGCAUAUAUCAACUUGUUAGAAACAAAGGACCUUUGGCCAGGAGCGCUAUUCCGUACCUCUAUCUCUAAAGCACUAGAGAAAGCGGAAAGGAUGCCAGAUCCGGUUCCUGAAGAGCGAAGUACUGCGUGCCAGUAUGCGUACAAGCAUGAACCCCCAGCAUACAGGGAGAACCGUCGCUGGAAACUGGACAGCCUUAACAAGAGGAUUGGACUUUGCCUGUACUGUACUCGCCUAGACAGAACGGAUCCUAAUUGUAGCAAUCCCUGCCAUGACCGCUAG